AAGUGCAAACUUAUGAAUGGAGAUGGCCAUUGUACCUUGAGGGAUUCAAACCUAGGUGUCCCCGAUGGGAGAGUAAGUGCUUUAACCUCUAGACCACAGAGAAUGUGUGGAAACAUGGAAGCCAAAAACUGGUCCUGUGUAUUGCUGUAUACGAUCAAACUGUUGGCUGGCUUGUACAGUCAGAGUCACACCCACACAAGUUGACACAUACAUGAAUACAUUUAGCUUGAUUAAAUUUUUUGGGACUCUAUCUUAAGGGGUUGCAGGUUUUUUUUUACGAAUUUGUGCAACUUGCUUGUGGGUAAUAACCAUUUAAACUGUUAUCCACUGAAUUUUAUGUUGUUGGUUAUCACAAAGCGUAAUAUAAUACGAAAAAGUACAGCAGUUUGCAAGGAUUCUCCUUUCCCACACACUGCAUUGCGUGAUGUCACGUUGGGGAGAGAAGUUACCAACCCGCCUUGACAGCAUUGAGAGUGACUAGAGUGACGAGUAGACUACAGUAUACAGAUAGCGCAGAUUGUAGAUAAAUAAAUAGAUAAAGAUAGACUACACAGACAGACAGACUUACAGACAGAUAGAAUAACAUUAGGAUAGAUAGCUAGAUAGGUAAAUAGAUAGAAAUAUAUAGUAAGUUAGGUAGAUCGACAAUGGUGAACUACUGUGUUUGUGCUGGGUGUAAAAACUCCACCCAAACGGGACACAGUGUCCAUGGCUUCCCUAUGAAGGACAAGGCAACUGUCAGACAGUGGGUACAAUUUGUUUGUGUUAGGCGGGCAAAUUUUUCAAUGACCUCCGUCACCACAAACUCGAAGAUCUGCAGCGCACAUUUCAGGGAGGAGGAUUACGACCAAGGAGAUAUCAGGAUGGUUUCUCUUGGGCUGAAGAGGCUGACCCAGGAACAGCUUAUUCCGACCGCCGUGCCGUCUGUGCACACGCACCUCUCUGCCUGCCCUGCUCCAAAACCGAGAAGCACUAACAUCGGUGCCACCCGCCGCAAGCGAGAGCUGGCUACGAUGUUGACAGCUGGCUCGACGCAGGAGACUGCGGACAGUCUCGGUACGACAGAUGAGCCCUUGCCCACCUCCUCCACUUGUGCCACAGGAACACAAUGUAAUUUGAAGCCCUCUGGAAUGUUGAUGAAAUUAAAACAUAGCCUACUCCAAAACAUAGCCUCUUAGAUUUGCCACGAUUGUCAUAUGUGUGGGUAUGUUUACUGCCUCUGCCAAAGCUGUGCAGGUAAACCUAAAGCCCAAGAUGGUCAGUGUGGGGACUCAAACUACUUUCAGGAUGCAGACCUCCACACCCCUCACUAGUCCUGAACAAUCUGAUGAAGAAGAGGAUCCCUCUGUCAUCAUCAGUGAUGCAUCAUGGGUGCCAGAAGACCAGAUGCCUGACGAGGAUGAGGAGGAAUUGUGUGAGGAGGAGCCAUCUCAAACUUGUCACCCCCACCAAAAGUGAAAUAAUUUAAAACCAACAUACACCAACUUUAAAUUUUCCAACUUUAAAUUUUUUGAGUAUCUGGUAGUUUAAAUGACAAUUCCCCCUACUCCUUUUUUCGUUUAGUGGCAUCGAUAAAUUCAUUGUUUGUAAAGCGGAACUCAUGGCCCUGUUUGACAUCUGCCUGGCCUGUUGUGAGAAGUGUGACAGUACAAUCGUGCAGCAGGGAGGAACAUUCAUCAAAAUAGAGCAGGUAGGUUUUUUUUUAACAAAUUUAGAUUAAAAUCAUUAUUUCUUACUCUGACAAUGUCAUUAUGUUCUGCUUGCUAGAUUUCCUAUGCAGGGUAAUCUCAUGUGUUUUUCCAUUGACACCAGUGGGGGCUGGUGACUUCUUUUUUUAAGGGCGCUCGAUGCGAAGUUCGUCACAACAUGUAUGUAUCCCGUCAUGUGUGUGGUUCGUAAUUUCAAAAUAUGUGUUCUGCGCA